AUGAAUGUUUCUACAUCUUCGGACGACACAGAAACAAGUGUUCACUGGAGUAAAAUCGUCCUGGGUGUUUUCCUUUAUCUGAUUGUUUUCGUCACUAUUUUGGGUAACAUUUUCGUCUUGGUGGCCGUCAAAAGACACAAGCGUCUCCAGACAGUCUUUAAUCUCUACGUUGUAAAUCUGGCUUUGACUGAUAUUUUGGUGGCCAUCACCGCUAUGGCUUUCUAUACAUUGGACAAUAUCCUCGGUUACUGGCCGUUUGGCAGGAUCAUGUGUGGCGUUUGGAUCUUUUUUGAUUAUGGAAUGACGUUUGUGUCGGUUUUCACUUUGUGUAUCAUCUCGAUGGACCGCUUCUGGGCGGUGAACUGGCCGAUACAUUACAAAUCACACCAUAACAAGAAGAAGGCAUUAGGAAUGAUAACUGCCGUAUGGUUGUUUACACUGUUGUUAUGGUUACCACCGUGUGUACUGGAUCGUGUCAACAAUUAUGUUGCAGACGAUGUCUGUAUUUGGGAUCCAUCCAUGAACAAAGAAAUGGUAAUUGUUAUCGCGGUUCUCGGACAUCAUGGUUCCUUCGUCGUUCUGUUUGGAUGUUAUCUUCGUGUCCUUUUCGUGGUACGUCGUCAGCGUAGAGUGUCAGCAGCUGAAAACGCAGUUAAGGAGCCUAUUUCUCAUGUUAGCGGAAUAAAUCAAAAUACAUCGGUGAGAAACUGUGCAGAUGUCGACAAAGAAAACAUUCCAUCAGUUUCUAAUAUCCGUAAAAAUGAUAACCAUUUGGAUGUCUCCGUUUUGGAAAACGACAAUUCAACCCAAAUGGAUACGUCAUCCAAUAGUCGGAAAGCGGGAAAUCAAACUCAUCAAACAAUGACAGCAUCAAGGGCAACUAAGGACGCCAGAGUUUUUAUAACGUUGACUUACAUUAUUGUUGGUUACGUUAUUUGCUGGGUACCAUUCCAUGUGGUUUAUGACAUCACAGCGAUACGUCCAGAUUUAGUCUCAAACACAAUGUAUACAUUUACUUUCUGGUUGACCUACAUUAACUCUACCCUAAAUCCAUUCCUGUACAAUUUUGGCAGUUCAGAAUUUCGAUCCGCAUUUCGAGAAAUUUUCCGGGGACGACAUCAGUAGACAAUAUAUUAGUUUCAGGUUUUUAUUGUUUUGUUUUUUAAAUCCUCGAUGUGUGAGAAAUCAAAAGAAGCAUGACUGCUUUCUUGUUUUACGCCUCACUUGCCAUCUUUCACAUUUCGAUAUAUUUGAAAUAUAUGUAUCAUCGGGUCAAAAACAUGAUGGGCACUUUAAAAGUUCCCAAAUAUCCCUUACAUGUAUGCGACUUAAAUAAUGUAUUUAGUUUAUUCUGCACACAUAUAAUAAUCAAGUCAAAUAAAAAAAUAUAUAAGUAU